UGUUUAUAUCGUUUAUAUUCAACUAAAGGGUUUUCUUGGAAUAAUCGGAAAGAAUCAUCAAAAAUGUCUGCUAUGUUAACAGCAGAUUGGUUUUUAUUAGGAAGAGAUCUUUAUUACAGGAAAUUUGAUGUGUAUUCAAUGGGAUGGCAACAAGAAGUAAGUAUGGAAAAUGUAGUUUCCGCAGUUGCUCCAUACGGUGGUCCCAUAGCUUUAAUGCGAGAUAAAACAAAGCCUGUUAAAGUUCAGGGUUCCGUUCAAAGCAUCAUCCCAAUUUUUUCACCUUCCGGCAAGAAAUUAGCAGCAGUAAAGAGUGGUGGAAUCCCAAUUAUAAAAAUAGGAUGGUCAAAUCAAGAAGAACUUAUUACUAUUCAAGAUAACAGCUCUGUUUCUUUAUACACAAUGUAUGGGGAUUUUAUUAGAACUUUUGAUAUAAGCCAAGAAGCUAAAGAUACUAAAAUAAUUGAUGCACUUAUAUUUACAAAUUCUUCAAAUUUAACUGGAAUUGCCAUUUUAAGCACUACAUUUAAAGUGUUUUUUGUCAAUAAUAUUUAUGAUCCAAAAAUGAGGGUUAUGAGUGAAUUACCAAGAUCUCCAAUAAGACCUGUUUGGGCUGUUAUACCGAAAGAACGAGAUAUGGAAGUGUUAGCUGCAAGAGGUAGAGAAAUUUAUAGGUUAACAGAAGAUAGAAAUGUUACUGCUAUGCUAGAAGUCGAUAUAACUCAUCAACAUCACCAAAUUUUAGCAAUUUCUGUGUCAUUUAAUACAAAACAUGUUGCUUUUUUUACUGAUGCAGGUUAUUUAUGGUUAGGUUCUGUUGAUUUAACAAAAAAAUAUUGUGAGGUUAAUACUGAUAUAAUAACAACGUUGCAUCAAUUAGUUUGGUGUGGAAAUGAAGCUGUUGUAGCAUUUUGGGGGAGCAAUGAUAAAACGUUAAUGAUUGUUGGUAAAUAUGGGGAAAAAAUUACUUAUUGUUACGAUGGUUCUGUGCAUUUAAUGCCGGAGAUUGAUGGAGUUCGUGUUAUUUCAUCGUGUCAACAUGAAUUGAUUCAGAAAGUGCCCGAUGUGGUACAAAAGAUUUUUAGAAUUAAUAGUACUGAGCCAGGGAGUUUUUUAUUGGAAGCUUCGAAACAGUUUCAGAAAAGAAGUCAUAGAGCUGAUGAAUACAUUUCUUUGGUACGGAACAAUUUAUUAGAAGCUGUUGAACAAUGCAUUGAAGCUGCUGGAUAUGAAUUUGAUUCCCAAGUACAGAAGAUGUUAAUAAGAGCCGCACAAUUUGGGAAAUGUUUCGUUGCGAAUAUCGAUCCCGAUCAUUAUGUGAAGAUGUGUCGAGUUUUAAGGGUUUUAAACGCUGUUAGAGAUCGAAAAAUCGGAAUUCCACUUACAUAUACUGAAUUGUUAUAUCAAGGUCACAAGUCUUUAUUGGAUCGUUUAGUUAAAAGACAUCAUUAUUAUUUAGCAAUUGAAAUUGCUAAGUACUUAAAAAUGCCAGAAAAAGAUGGCAGUAGUCGUAUUCUUGUUCAUUGGGCAAAAUAUAAGGUUAGAAAACAAGGUAUUGAUGAUGAAAUUUUAUCAAGGCAAAUAGCUGAAAAAUUAAAUUUAGCUGCUGGAGUAUCCUUUAGCGAAAUAGCAAAUGCUGCAGAUUCAGCUGGGAGAAAAAAUCUUGCCAUUAAACUUUUAGAAUAUGAAACGAAGUCAAGCGAACAAGUUGGAUUAUUAUUGAAAUUAGAGGAGUAUAAACAAGCUUUAUUAAAAGCUUUGGAAAGUGGUGAUACAGAUUUAACUUACAAAGUCAUUUUAAAAUCGCAUAAUAAGUUAUCAAGCUUAGAAUUUAAAGGGAUUAUACAAGAAUUUCCGGUUGCUUUAUCUUUAUAUGUUAAGUACUGUAGGGAACACAAUUCGAUUGGAUUAAGAGAUAUUUUGAAACUAUCUGAUGAUCAUAACGCUUUGGGGCAACUAUCCGUUAUUGAAAGUAUUGAUGAUAAAAAAAAGUUGGAUCAAAAUUCAUUACUUUGGUCGGCAAUUGAAUCUUAUAAAGCUGCAAGGAACGAUUUAUGCGCAAAUUUAUGCGAAGAUCAAUCAAAAUUAAUUAAAAAACAAAAAAGUUAUGAAGAAAAGUAUCAUAAAGAUUUCAAUGGAAAGUCAAUUCACGAUACUUGUAAGCUUUUAUUGGAUAUGAACGAACUAAAAGAAGCCGAAAAGUUUAAAAAUGAAUAUAAAAUUCCUGAUAAACGAUUUUGGUGGUUAAAAAUACAGAGUUUAGCCGAUAAUGAAUGUUGGGAUGAUUUAGAUUUAUUGGCUAGAUCGAAAAAAUCACCGAUUGGAUAUGCUCCGUUUGUUGAUGUUUCUUUGGAAAAAAUGGGCUCUUCUAGGAAUACAGACCAAAUUAAAAGAUUAAUUAAUGGAUUUUUAGCAAAAGUUUCUGAUGAUAUUAAAGUGAAAUAUUACGUGAAAGCUGGGUUAUUAGAAGAAGCUGCGAAAAUAGCAUUUGAACAACGCGACAUACAGAGUUUACUUUACGUUCAAAGUAAAUAUCCGAGUCAAUCACCACUUUCUGAACAAAUAAAUGGAUUCAUUGCACAACUUGGUACAAGGAAAAGCACUCAUAGUUCAAUUCCUAUUUUUAGUUAGAAAUGUAAUUAUUAUUUAAUAAAAUGUUUUGAUAAUUCAAAAUAAUAAAGUCAUAAAUACGC